CAGGCUGGAGAGAGUGAUCUGAUUCUUCUGAAGCGCCUGUCAGAGAGGAGGAGGAGGGAGGGAAUGAACCAGGAAGAGAGAAAAGAGAGAGAGAGAGAGAGAGAGAAGGCAGCCUCCGGUUGACAGUACAUGGAGGUCUGCAGGAUCUCCAGGACCAGGAACCAUCCCUGGCUGCUGUGCCUGGUGUGUGUUCUGCCUGCUGCUAUCACAAGGGGCUGCAGGGCUUUCAUCACCACUGAAAGGUAUGCUGUCCUGACGUCUCUCUCAAAGCCAGGAGGACUGACAUGGCGUCAGAGAUUCCCCCUGGAUCAGCCCCUGAGAGCUGUAGGAUCCCACCCAGGAGGAUGCAGGGCCUCAGGAGGGCCUCAGGAGGAACAGCUCUAGCCAGCUCUGACUUCUGGUGGGGCGGGACAGCUGGUGUUGUGAAUCAGGCCGCUAUAGUGCCAGACACGGCUUCUUCCCAACACCAGGGUCACACCCCACUGUCCGCAGCACCGAAGCCCCGGAGCCCAGCCCUCUCCCUCACCGGCAGCAAGGCACAGCAACAGCACCGAAGCCCCGGAGCCCAGCCCUCUCCCUCACCGGCAGCAAGGCACAGCAGCACUGUCCGCAGCACCGAAGCCCCGGAGCCCAGCCCUCUCCCUCACCGGCAGCAAGGCACAGCAGCACUGUCCGCAGCCCCGGAGCCCAACCCUCUCCCUCACCGGCAGCAAGGCACAGCAACACUGUCCGCAGCCCCGGAGCCCAACCCUCUCCCUCACCGGCAGCAAGGCACAGCAACACUGUCCGCAGCCCCGGAGCCCAACCCUCUCCCUCACCGGCAGCAAGGCACAGCAGCACUGUCCGCAGCCCCGGAGCCCAACCCUCUCCCUCACCGGCAGCAAGGCACAGCAGCACUGUCCGCAGCCCCGGAGCCCAGCCCUCUCGCUCACCGGCAGCAAGGCACAGCAGCACUGUCCGCAGCCCCGGAGCCCAGCUCUCUCCCUCACCGGCAGCAAGGCACAGCAGCACUGUCCGCAGCCCCGGAGCCCAGCCCUCUCGCUCACCGGCAGCAAGGCACAGCAGCACUGUCCGCAGCCCCGGAGCCUAGCCCUCUCCCUCACCGGCAGCAAGGCACAGCAGCAGAUCACAGGAGGACAGAUCAAAAUGCAUGCCGAGACUAGUGGAGGAUGUGUCUUUCAAAAACAGACUAGUCUAAGUUAAUUAAAAACAAACUAAACAUUCCACUGUGUGUCUGAUGCAUGAGAGGAGCAUUUGAACAUGGGCCCGAAGCAUAACCACCAUUGUUUCAUUCUCAAUUGUGAUUAAAGUAGAGUUGUAUUGUAUUGACUUGCCUUAUGACAUCUUCUGUGUGUCUGCACACUAGGACUAGGAUUCAACAUCAGUGAACUAUCAGAGCAUAAGACAGUACAACUAGAGAGAGGACAGUGCUGAUGGGAAUAGCAUGAAAUGAAUAAUCAAUCAAAAUGAAAUGUGUUCCGGUUUAUGUAAAAGCAUGACAAAUGAAAGGCUGGGUGUAUUCCUUUGUCUGGGAUUAAAUAGAAAAUGGAUUUUGAUGUUAGUCUCAGUCUUAGUAUCAGUACGCUUUGUUGGCAUCCCUCGGUGCUGCUAUUAUUUCACUUUAUAUUAUAUACUUUUAUUAAAACUCAUCAAAGGACUUUUUAUUUGUUAUUCAUUACUUAACGAAUUGUAUGUUUUCAUUGUGUGGUGGUAGUUUGUGAGUGAAAGUGUUUAGGUACAAUUGUGAAUUGGUUUUUGCAUCAUUAUUCCAAUAAUAAAGUAGGAUACAUGUGAACAACUACA